AUGGCGGAGGCAGCAGGACCGGAGCGGGUCGGCAGCAGGAUGUCUGUGCUGACGGCGUUGCGUCGACCCAGGAAACCUGAUGAGGGUUCAUUCUGGGAUUUAACCAAAUCUGAAACGCUAUUGGCUGAUGGAACAGGAAGUAAGAUUCUGCUCAACGCCCGAGACAUAGUGGCAGAAAAACACAUGUCAGAGGUCAAAGUGUUCUCUGUGCAGAAAUGGGACCCGAACCUGAAGCUGGUAGCAGAGAGCUACGCUGCUAAAUGCAUCUGGAACCACAACCCGGCGCUGGACGACACGGGGGAGAAUCUGUUUGUGAGCAGCGGGCCUCUGGACCUCCGAGACGCUCUGGAGAAAUGGUUCCUGGAACAUUUGGACUUCGACUACCAGAACAACAGCUGUGACGAAGACAAGAUGUGUGGGCACUACACACAGAUGGUUUGGGCCGACACACACCGGGUCGGAUGUGCUUUCCAUCUCUGCAACACGAUGGAGGGGCUGGACUUGGAGCGAGCGUCCUUCCUGGUCUGCAACUACUUCCCAGCGGGGAACUAUGAGGACCAGCGGCCGUACGUUGAAGGCGACUGGUGCUCCAGUUGCCCAGAAAACCUGCAGGAGUGUGAGAACAAUCUGUGCGUUCCUGACGUGGAGGAAGAGGAGGUCACCAUCGGGUCAUCGGAUCCGCCUCCACCCAGGGCAGCUGCCAGUCCUUCAUCAACCAAUGAAACCAUCACUGCUGUUCCUGCUGCCAGUACUCCCAGUAUGACCCCCACGGCAGGCAGCGCUGCAGACUCGCCUCCUCCAGGAACUGCAGAGCAGGAAGUCUUCUUCUCUCCCACAUCCAGAGCGCCGCAGGAGGAAGAGGAGGCUGGGAAGAGCGAUGAGGAGGAGAAGAGGGAGGAGAGGGUCAUCAGGAAGCCGGAGAUCUGGCAGAAAACGUUUCCUCAGUCCAACAUCUCGGCCGGUUCCGGUUCUGUGUGCGCGGCGCCGGUCCUGCUGGCUGGCCUGGCCGGGCUCCUGACUCUGUGGCUGUGAGCAGAACUAGGAGGACCGCCGGGGAGCGAACGGCCUCCCGCUCUGACCCGUAAUAAUUCACAAGCUGCUGUUUUAACUGCGUCUGGACUGGAAACUGGGUCAGAGAACCUGAUUCAGCCUGAACAGAACCAGAACCAGACCCUGACCUGGAGGAAAACGCGCUGAUCUGACGGGAACAAACCCAAACCAGAGACCGGAAACUGGAAAAAUAAGAGUUUUCCACUGGAGCAGGUUUACCUGCCGAAGCUGGUAAAUUAGAAAGAUGUCUCACUCUUUUAAAAAUCUCACAUUUAAGAAACAAAUCUAUGGGCUUCCUUUAAAGUUACACAGUCAGAAAUUAACAGCAUUAAUUUGGGUUACUUAGCCUGUCAUAACGGGAUAAAAUUGGGGUUCAUAUUUCAGUCAUUUUUUUAACCAUGUCAUUAUUUCAUUAGCAUUUGUUACAGUUAGCAAGCUAAUUAUUUAGCUAGCAAGCUAAAUAUUUAGCUAGCAAGCUAAAUAUUUAGCUAACGAGCUAAACAUUAAGCCUCAAACUGAAUAUUAAGCUAGCAAGCUAAAUAUUUAGAUUCCAACUAAAUAUUUUAUUUGCAAGCUAAAUAGUUAGCCUUAAAGUGAAUAUUUAGCUUCAAAAUACAUAUUUAGUUUGGAGCUAAAUAUUUGUUUUACAAACUAGUUAUUUACGUUUAUACUAAAUGUUUACCUCAGAGCUAAAUUUAGUAGAUAUGGAGAUUUAAUUUCUAAAUAUUUAUCUAAAACUGUGACUUUUAUAAAUAAAUGAAUGGAAUGAGGAAAAAUAUGACUUUGAAAAAUAAAGCCCCAUUUUCUUCUUUUAAGCUAAAUAACCCAAAUAAUUCCUGUUUAUUUUGUAACUCUGUAAAAGGCGUCCCAUAUGAAUCCAGUAAAACUCCCAGAGUUUACAUUGUGACAUUAAAGUGACGGUUCAUUGGAUUGCUGAGGCGUAGUCAGUAUCUUACCUCAGGAUUGAUCAGGAACAGUGUGGUGUCUGAAAUCAGGUGUCCCUUCCUGACAGUCCAGGUCCUGCGCUAAGCUAACAAGUCCUUCCAUCUAAUUCCCAUUUUUAAUCAUUAAAUGAUCCCAGAAUAAUCACCGGAAAACAAAAUCAGCAUCUUCGCAUAAAGUCCACGUUUGUCAGAUUUUCUAUUUUGUUGCAUCGUUUUCUGUUUCUUUGGCGACUGUGGGAAUAAAGUUUUUAAUAUUUUUGUUGAUUUGUGACGUCUCUCCAUGAACUGUCGGAGCAGAUGUCUACGGAGGACCGUCCCUGUCUCCAUGGUAAUGAGGGUUUUAAUGUUCACUACAGAACACAUCAAGUUGGAGACGUUUUCACUGGGAGUCGAUGGAAAAUGUUUGAAGUGAUGAAUCUGCUUCUGCAUCUCCUCUCUGACUGACACUGGAUCAUUUAUUGACCGGAGCAGCCGCAGCGGCUAACUGUCUGCUAACCGUCGGCUAACCAGCAACAUGAUGUAAAUGUCUGUAAAAAAAAGAAAUAAAUCCCAACAUCCUCCCCACAA